GAACAGCACAUUCGAGAAUGACAAUGUCUAUUAAAAUUAAAGAUGAUUCCCACCAACAAAUGUUAAAUAGAGAUACGGUAAUUUUAUUGAGAGAGGCUAAUUUUAAACUUUUAAAGAGACCUUCUAUAAAUGAAACAAAAGCUCAGGCACUUGAAAGAGAGGAAAUAAUUCAUUAUUUUGAGACAUUAAUUGAUUUGAUUAGAAAAGCAAGAAUUUCACAAAAAAAAGUUUUAAUUCAUUCAUUGAGAGGAAGAAAUAGAGCACCUGCAUUUGUGGCUGCAUAUUUAAUGCAUUGUAAUAGAGUUACUAGAGUUAGGGCAAUUAAUAAAAUUACAAAAAUGAUGAGUUCUAAUAGACCUGGUAUUUGUAUUUCUGACACUUUACAAAAGGCUUUGAUGCGUUGGUAA